AUGAAGGCGUUAACGAGGGAUCUAAGGGAGAAUUUCGAAGGUUUGGACGAUAUUUACGUUUGGCACGCGCUUGCAGGAGCUUGGGGUGGGGUCCGCCCGGGUGCGACUCGUCUCGAGUCGAAAAUUGAGUCGUGCAAAUUGUCCUCGGGGCUUAAAGGGACCAUGAAGGACCUUGCGGUUGUUAUGUUGGUCGAGGGCUCGGUUGGGCUCGUGGACCCCGCUCGAGCAGAGGAUUUUUACGACUCCAUGUACUCGUACCUUUAUGAGGUCGAGAUCACGGGGGUGAAGGCCGAUGUUAUCAAUGUACUAGAAUACGUGUCCGAAGAUUAUGGAGGAAGGGUCGAGCUCGCCAAGGCUUAUUACAAGGGGCUGUCGAAAUCUCUUUCCAAGAAUUUCAACGGAACCGGGCUUAUUUCCAGCAUGCAACACUGCAACGACUUCUUUUUCCUCGGAACCGAGCAGAUAUCUAUGGGAAGAGUUGGUGAUGAUUUUUGGUUCCAAGACCCAAAUGGUGACCCAAUGGGAGUCUACUGGCUGCAAGGGGUUCACAUGAUCCACUGUGCCUACAACAGCCUGUGGAUGGGCCAAUUUAUCUGGCCCGAUUGGGACAUGUUUCAGUCGGACCAUAAAUGCGCCAAGUUUCACGCGGGCUCAAGGGCCAACUGUGGCGGGCCCAUUUACGUGAGUGAUUCUUUGGGUGGACAUGAUUUCGACCUUCUGAGGAAGCUCGUUUUCAAGACGGCACAAUCCCGAAAUGCAUUCACUUUGCUCUUUCCACCCGUGACUGCCUCUUUAAGAACCCCCUCUUUGACAGCACCACAGUUCUCAAGAUAUGGAAUUUGA